AUGAUUGAUAAUCACCUUAUUUUAGGUGGAUCUAGAAGAAUAUUAUCAUUUUCAUUUUGUUUUAUAAUCAGUUGUAUAGUGAUUAUAGUUAUGGUAAAACGGUCCGAUAAAACUGAUACCACAAUAUAUAAUACUGAUUCUAGUUUAUUAUCGACCAAUUGUAAACAUGUUUCAAUCGAUGAAUUAGAUCGAUGGUUUCAUUCGAAGAACUGGAAUGAAAUUCCAAAAAUUAUUCAUCAAACAUGGAAAAAUAAAACAUUACGUCAACGACAAGCAAGCUGGAGUCAAACAUGGUGUGACCAAUAUACAAAUUGGUAUUAUCAUUUAUGGACUGAUGAUGAAAACGAUUUAUUUGUUCGAACGAAAUUUCCAUGGUUUUAUCCAACAUAUAAUAAAUUAUCACCAGCUAUUCUUCGAGUGGAUAGCGUACGUUAUUUAUAUAUGCUCUAUUAUGGUGGACUUUAUAUCGAUUUAGAUUAUGAGUCUGUUCGUCGGAUUGAUGCAUUAUUUACCAAUAAAUCUGUUGUGCUUUCUUUAAUAAAUUACUCGUUUAAUUCGAUGAAUAGUGUACCAAAUUCAUGGAUGGCUUCACGACCUAAUCAUCCAUUAUGGACAUAUAUUUUACAUCGAAUUAUGUUAUUAUGGUCUCGUGUAUCAGAUAAAGAACGAAACGAGUUUUGGAAUGGCAAAGCAGAAUUUUUCACUGGACCACAAUCACUUUUUGAAGGUUUAAUGUUUUAUUUACAUACGAUUCAACAUACAGAUCAAACGCUUGAUCAACUGCUUGGAAAUCAACAAAAUCAAAACGCAGAUUCUAUUUUAGAAGUGGCUAAUAUAACUUUUUUAGGGCCAAAACUAAAUAAUGCAUAUGAUUGGAUGAAUGGCAUUGGUGCCGAUGUAUGUUCAGCAGAAAAGGUUACAUUUGAUGAAAAGAAAUGUCAAGAUAUUGUUAAACCAAUUUACGCUAUUACUUAUUGGUCACAUUCAUAUGGACAUGGACAUGAAAAUGAUUUAAACUAUUUGGGAGAUCAAAAAAAAACUCGUUAA